AUGGAGCGAUUGAAUUACCUCAGUGUGUGGCGUGUAGUAUUUGCUCUCAUUACAUUGGGCGUAACUGCUGAUGCGAUCGACUCUCGGUGUGGCGGGCCGAGACUACUGACUGCCUUAACCGGCACCCUGUCUACCAUGAACUACGGUAAUGCAACCAACCCGCUGUAUGAAAACAGCGCGUUGUGUUCUUGGCACAUCCAAGCUCCAACGGACUGGAUAAUUACUCUGACUUUCGAAUACAUGGACAUAGAGCCAAGUUUCCUAUGCAUGGCAGACUAUGUGGUAGUGCACGGACCAUGGGCAGACUACAUCGGCGGACCUUCACCAACCCUGCUGUGCGGUUCAAACCUCCCCGACCCAGUCGAAGCAGAUAACGAACUAUUCGUUACGUUCGUCUCGAAUGACAAUUUGGCGUUCAGUGGAUUCUUUGCGACUUACAAAAUAAAUCCCCCGCCUUCGCCAACUCCUCCGGAACUAGCCACGUCAGGUUGCGACAGUCUGAAAUAUCGCGCGGGGCCAUCGGGCGUCAUCACCAGCCCGGGGUUUGACGAGAAGCUACCGUAUCAGGAAGACGCGGAUUGCGAGUGGGUCAUAACUGUGACGGUUGGAACGGUAAUAGAACUCACCUUUGACCUCUUCGACGUAGAAGGUGACGAACUCAACUGCAGAUAUGACGCACUUAUCGUACACGAUGGUCCCAACUCAUUGGCUCCCGUGCUUGGCUACUACUGCGGGAACCAGGGACCGUCUCCAGUGACGUCAUCACAACAUGAGAUGACGUUGAUAUUUAAGAGUGACAGUUCUGUUCAAAGAUCUGGGUUUUCUGUGUCCUACAUCGAACGAGAGCAGUCGUUCAACUGUCCAGAGUCAACGUUCCAAUGCGAAGCAAGCGUGACUUGCCUGAAUCGGAGCGCCGUGUGUGACGGGCGCAAAGACUGCCGCGAUGGGAGUGACGAGUCAGGAUGCCCAGUUAACCACCCUUCGUGUGGUUUACCUGUUGUCAAUUCGGACUUCGCAUCUAUUAAUAUAGUCGGUGGUGGACCAGCAACUCCAGGGGCCUGGCCUUGGCAGGUACAGGUUCGUAAGUUAUCCUACGGCAGGGUGUGUGGGGCUACGCUUAUCAACACGAUGUGGGCCGUCAGUGCAGCUCAUUGCUUCGCUCCGGAGCCACUGCCGACCUCCUACCGUCUGAUCCUCGGUCGAUACGCCUUGGACAUCCCGGAGCCUUCCGAGGAGCAAGCCGUCGAUAUUCGAACCAUCAUCCUCCAUCCACAGUACGACCGGUACACGUACGAUUACGAUAUCGCCUUGUUACGACUGGACAAGGAGGCUAUCAUCACUGACCACGUGGUUCCUGGUUGUCUUCCCGGGAAAUCUCGGCGAUUCUCAGACGGGCAGAUGUGCGAGGUGACGGGAUGGGGUCUCACUGAGGAUACCGGAUUUGAUGAUCUUCUAAAGCAAGCAGCAGUGCCAGUGAUUAACAGUAAAGUCUGUAACGAUGUGUACAAUGACGAUAUUACACCAAGAAUGAUUUGCGCUGGUUAUCUGCAAGGUGGAAUCGACUCCUGCCAGGGAGACAGUGGCGGCCCUCUUAACUGCCUUGGGGGUGACAACAGAUGGUACCUAGCGGGAAUAACCAGCUGGGGCAACGGGUGCGCCGAAGCCGAUGCACCCGGUGUAUAUACUCGAAUUACGGAGUUUGAUGCCUGGAUAAAAAACACCAUCUUGUCUAAUUUAUAGAGACAACAAUUCUUGAUUAAUUUUAUCUUAAUUUGGUGAGGGUCGUGAGGUGAAUUUGUACACCCAUUGUGAUUUAUAAGUGAUGUAUUCAAUUCUAAUGAAUAGUUAAAGGCAGUGGACACUAUUGGUAAUUACUCAAA